UCCAGCUAAAAUGUAUAAAGACUAUGAAGAGAAUGAUCCAAGCUAUGAUGGCUAUCACACAGAAGAUUAUCCAGUUUAUGGCAAUCUCAAUCAAGAUAUUUUAGAAGAAUGUUGUUACGAGCAGAUGAAGUCCCAGCCUCAAAGACCAGUUAACCAGCUACAGGUGGAGUCAGCCAGUCAGAUGUGUUAUGCCUCACUUGAUCACAGUGUCAAGGGAAAAUGCAGAAAACCAAGGAGAAAGAAAGAUCCUUCAUUAGAGGAAGAUGAAGGAGAAAGAUCAUCUAACCCCAUGGUGGCUUCCAAAGUUAGCAUUUACCUCAACAGUGAGCAGCUGGCUGCCGAAAACACGGCGAAAGAAGAAGCCAUUCACGAUGAUCCCGUCAGAUUAAUGGGCUUGAUUCAUAAUACAAAAGGGGAGAACUGAAUAUGUAAUGAACCAAAUAUGUAACCAUAAAGUGAGAUUUGCUUUUUCAUUCUGGAGGACCAGAAAAAUAUUCCGGAAAGCCGACAUACUAAACAGUGGUAUGAAAUGGACAAGUUAAGUGUU